CGGCAGGGUACGACGUAGGGAGAGCAGAGGGGGCCGGGGACAGCGGCUCGGCGAAGCCCAGCAAGGCAGGCGGGCGGGCGGGCGGCGUCGCUUCUGGAGCUUCAGUGGCGGCGCCUCGGUGGGGCGGAAUCUCUUAGUCCGGCGAGUGCGAGCGCUGUCUCGCGAAGAGCCCGCGUCGCUAGUGCGGCUGCCCUGCUCGUGACUCUUUCACCAUGGAGGUCGAAAUGCCACAGGAUAUGAACUUGAUUGACAUUCUUUGGAGACAGGAUAUCGAUCUCGGGGCAAGCCGUGAAGUGUUUGAUUUUUGCCAAAGAAAGAAGGAUUAUGAGCUUGAGAAACAGAAAAAACUUGAAAGAGAGAGGCAAGAACAACUUCAGAAAGAGAAAGAAAAAAAUUUUCUAGCUCAGUUGCAGCUGGAUGAAGAAACAGGUGAAUUUGUUCCAGUCCGGCCUGCUCAGACCAUUGAAUCAGAAAAUACUAGAAUAUCUUCUAAUUAUUCACAGAGUGUACACAUUCCCAAGCAAGAUGCAGAUGACCUGUUUGAGGACUGUAUGCAGAUUCUGGCAGAAACAUUCUCAUUUGUAGAUGAUACUGAGGCCUCCUCUGUUGAAUUCCAGCAAGCAGCACCUUCAGAAACCAAUCAAGUCUUUGUUGAUUCUACUCAGAUGCAGCCCCUUGAUCCGUGCAUCCUUCAGGCUACCCUUCCAGAGUUAACAGCUGCUGAUGCUGAGAGUACACAAGACAUAGAACAAGUGUGGGAAGAACUGCUGUCUAUUCCAGAACUACAGUGUCUUAACAUUCAAAAUGACAACCUGGCUGAAGUAACCACAAACACAUGCUCAGCAAACACAGCAGCGGAAGCACCCAUUAAUUUUGUUUUCUACAAUUCAUUACCUGCUAUGGAGAAAGAAAUUGGUAAUAGCAGUGCAGUGUUUCUGGACCCUUUGGAGCCUUCCUGCUCCAGCAUUUUACUGCCGGAAGAUCCUAGCCAAAAUAACUCAUCACCCACAAGCACUGAUUUUUGCGAGGAUUUCUACUGCACCUUUAUUGAUGUGAAAAUGAGCAGCAGCGCAUCUACUCCACCACCAAAUUAUGUGGAUCAGGCACUUGCUGGCUUUUUAAAUGACCCAAUUGAUCUCUCUGAGUUUGCUCAGUGCAAAGCCUUUAACCACGACCUUGCAAGGAAUGGCCCAGAAUGCAAUGAUUCGGACUCCGGCAUCUCACUGAAUACAAGUCCCAGCAUUACAUCUCCAGUGCAUUCUCUCUACAGGGAUACAGGCUUUGGAUAUAGUGAUUCCGAAAUGGAAGAGGUGGAUAGUGCUCCUGGAAGUGUGCAACACAGCAGUGGUCAGAUGCAUUCAUUUCAGAUGCAUGAUCCACUCUCUCCAUCCCUAGCUCAGAAUACCCCAUGCUCCACUCCAAAGCUACCAAGUGCACCCAAAAAAGAAGUGCCUGCCAACCCCGGCCAUGCAGAAGCUCCAUUUAUGAAAGAUAAAUCCUACAAUCAACUUGAAGCUCAUUUCACUAGAGAUGAGCUUAGAGCAAAAGCUCUGCACAUCCCUUUCCCUGUCGAUAAGAUCAUUAACCUCCCUGUGGAUGACUUCAAUGAAAUGAUGUCUAAGGAGCAGUUCAGCGAGGCCCAGCUUACUCUCAUUCGUGACAUACGAAGACGAGGCAAGAACAAAGUGGCUGCGCAAAAUUGCCGGAAACGAAAACUGGAAAACAUAACAGAAUUGGAACACGAUUUGGGCUAUCUUAAAGACGAGCGAGAGAAGCUCCUUAAAGAGAAAGCGGAGAAUGAUAAAAGCCUCCGUGUGCUGAAAAAACAGUUGAGCACCCUGUACCUUGAAGUCUUCAGCAUGCUCCGGGAUGAAGACGGCAAGCCUUAUUCGUACAAUGACUACUCACUGCAGCAAACAAGAGAUGGCAGCAUCUUUCUUGUUCCUAAGAGCAAGAAGCCAGGAACUAAAUUCUGAAGAUAAAGGGAGAUAAGUGUUCCCUGAACUAAUAUUUUUUACAUUUGUAUUUUCUACCAGUAGGGCUUCCUGUGAUGCGGACUUGUCCUACUUCCAAGUGACUUUACACAACUUUCUUUCAUGUGUAUGAAUGCACUCAAAAUCAUUAGUGUUAAAGCAAAUGUAUGCACAAUGGGUAAUACUUCUGAGACACUAGUUCUUUUUAUAUAGCAGCAACUUCACUAUAGUUUCUGUCCUAGUGUAAAUAGCUCAAGAUUUCUUAUUUAUAUUCUGUUCCUAGUUUUACUCAAAUGUGUAUCGUGUGAUUUAAAACUGAUAAUCCUAUUUACUUACAAGCCCACUCUUUUUCAGUUAUAUCAUUUUAUAAAAAAAUAGAAUUUGUAGUUUCUUACAAAUUUUUUACAAGCUUUGCUUUAUCGUAACAGCUGGAAUGUAGCAUAAACACACAAGAUAAAGUAUUGCUAUGGCUCAGUCCAAUCAAAGUCAAGCUCUUUGAAUGUUUGUAACUAUGAAUGGAAGAACUGAACAUUGAAAUCAGUGGGGUUUCAGGGUGUUUAAACUUUGGCUGGACUGCAUCAAAGUAAUACUUUGUUUUGCAUACAAAUGUAUGCUCUACGUGAUGCUAAUCUUUAGAUUUUAUACUUUUAAAAAUAAAGCGUGUAUACUCUUA